AGCUGAUUCCACGAACAUGGUACACUCCGAACAAAAGGCAUGUAAUUAAUAUCCCAAGGCCACGAUAAGCUCGAAGGCGACCCAAGCAUCAUGCGCCUAGACGGGAUCAGCAGGGGCCAUAGCCAGCGAACUGCCUAAACCAGUAGGUACACAAACGCCAAGAUCAAGCAAUCAAACGCCAAGAUUCGCCUUCAACGAAUGAUUACACUUUGUAUACCGAAGUAACUGAAUGAGUGGGACAUCUCUUGCUUGAGACUAUAUAGCAUAGCUGGUGCCUUUGCUCCGAGUCUUUACGCUUCUCCUCCUUCAUCUUUACUGCUAUUCGUUCGUGGCAAUGAAGCUCCUCAACAUCGCCCUUGCCUCUCUAGGCCUUGCGUCUGCGGCCACAGUCAACACAAAGAAGGUCAACUACGAUGACUGGAAGGUGUACCGCGUCAAUGUCGGUUCUAAAGCUGCCAAAAUCGACGAUGUCAUGAGCAAGCUUUCACUUGACUUGUGGAAGGGCAAGCCAACAUCCAGCGAUGUGAUUGACGUUAUGGUACCACCUACGGCAGUCAAAGACUUCGAGGCGUCUACCAAGGAUAUAGAGACCAAGGUCAUGCACGACAACCUUGGCCGUUCUAUUGCAGACGAGCAAACCGUUAGCGUAUAUGCCGCCGGUGCAGCACCAAGUGCUUCUUGGUUCAACGCCUACCAUUCGAUUGCCGAUCAUAUGCAAUGGAUCACCGACCUUGCCAAGGCGUACCCAAACAACGCUGAAGUAGUCUCUGCUGGCAAAUCGGUUGAAGGCCGCGACAUCAAAGGUAUCCACAUCUGGGGCAGCGGCGGCAAGGGAUCCAAGAGAGCUGUAGUGUGGCACGGUACAGUACACGCACGAGAAUGGAUCACAACAAUGGUCGUCGAAUACGCUGCAUACCAGCUCCUCACAUCUACCGACUCCACUACGGCCGGAUUCAAGAACUCGUACGACUUCUACAUCUUCCCCAUCGUGAACCCAGAUGGCUUCGCCUACACCCAGUCAGCCGACCGUUUGUGGCGCAAGAACCGCCAGAGCACUCCCUCAGCGUCUUGCGUUGGUCGUGACAUCAACCGUAACUGGCCAUCCCACUGGGACCUACCCCAAGGCGCGUCGACCUCCCCCUGCGCACAAGAUUAUAAGGGCCCAUCUGCAGGCGACGGUGUAGAGACUAAGCUACUCAAGGCCCAACUCGACAGCCUAGCCGCCGGCCGAGGAAUCGCGCUAUACAUGGACAUCCACGCCUACAGCCAGCUCUGGAUGUACCCCUACGGCUACACCUGCUCAGGCGUCGUUCCCAACUCCUCCAAGUAUGCUUCCCUUACCAAGGGCGCCAUCGCUGCUGUCAAGGCUGUGCACGGAACUACGUUUACAGGAGGACCAAUCUGCAACACCAUCUACCAGGUUAGCGGCGACUCUGUAGACUACGCUUUCGAGGUUGCUAAGGCGAACUACUCCAUGACUGUUGAGUUGAGGGAUACCGGUAACUACGGAUUCGUCCUGCCGGCUGCGCAGAUCUUACCGAGUGGUGAGGAGAUGUGGGCUGGUUUGAGGUACUUGUUGGCGAACAUGUAAAUUGUGGGUUGUAUGCAAUGAGAAGUAUGUGUCGAUGGCGUUUGGAGAGUGGUGGGAUGUAGCAAUACCUUGAGAUGAUGAUAGCAUUCUUCGAUUCCUGUUCAUAGUAGAGUCAUGAGAA